AUGGGGAAGAUCACCUUCUACGAGGACCGGGGCUUCCAGGGCCGCCACUAUGAGUGCAGCAGCGACCACUCCAACCUGCAGCCUUACCUGGGCCGCUGCAACUCCAUCCGCGUGGACAGCGGCUGCUGGAUGAUCUACGACCAGCCCAACUACCUGGGCCCCCAGUACUUCCUGCGGCGCGGCGACUACCCCGACUACCAGCAGUGGAUGGGCCUCAGCGACUCGGUCCGCUCCUGCCGCCUCAUCCCCCACGCUGGCUCUCACAGGCUCAGACUUUAUGAGAGGGAAGAUUACAGAGGCCAGAUGAUAGAGAUCACUGAGGACUGCUCCUCUCUUCAAGACCGUUUCCACUUCAAUGAGAUUCACUCUCUCAAUGUGCUGGAGGGCUCCUGGAUCCUCUAUGAGUUGCCCAACUACCGGGGGCGGCAGUAUCUGCUGAGGCCAGGGGAAUACAGGCGCCACCAUGACUGGGGGGCCGUGAAUGCCAAAGUGGGCUCCUUGAGAAGAGUCAUAGAUAUCUAUUGA